AAUUCUCACAUAAGCAUAUAUAUAAACUAUUGAUAGAAUCAGCUUGACAAGGACUUCAGCUUGCCAAAUUGCUUAGGCUCACAGAUCGCAGGCGAAUUUCUGGUUAAAACCGAUGAUGUCAACAAAUAAAGUCAGUCACAUUUGUUUGCACAGAUGUCAUUCACGCUCGAUUUUCAGUUAGCGGCAGCCUUUUCUCACUCAAAAUGGACUACGAAAAACGACAAUUGCAACAGAGCCAAGAAGGAGAAGGCUUCAUCGCAGCCAUCAAGUCAGAACUCUUUGCUCCCGAAAAGCGACAAGGAAACAUCAACAUUGCUUUGUCGUUGACUGUAUUCACUGGAGCAAUCGUAUUCCUUAGAAACUUUGGUGAUCUUUUAGCGGUCUAAAAACGAACACCUAGGCCAAUCUGCAAUCUCGCUGAUCAAGACGCGAAGGCGGAUUAUAACAUUUUAUAGAUCUCUUGUAAUUCGAAGGAGGGUUUU